AUGGGGAACACUGGCGGCGUCACCCCAGAGCAGCGCCGGCCCUGUCCCCCCUCCCCACCGCAGGAAAGUUCCGGAGCGUCACGUGGACGGAAGCCCUAUAAGGAAGAAGGGAUAAAGGCAGCUGGAACCCGAGGCAGGCCUGGGCUGCUCGUGCUGCUGCCCUGUAGGAAGGAGCCCCUGGAGCCCGCUGGCACGAGCGUCCAGUUCACGGUGCUGCCGCCGGCUCUCCUGGGCGGUGGCCACCCCUUGCCCAAUCCCCGAGAUAAGGCGGCAGCGUGGCGACUCGGGCCCUUCCUCUGGAGCACGGCCCGGGAGAGGCGUGGCGAGCAGAAGAGGACCAGCCUGGAGUCCCAGCAGGAGGCAGCCCCCGAGAAGACCGUGACCCCCUGGAGACGGCUGACGGGGAGUGCCCACCCGCCUCCGCCCUCCCGCCUCCCGCCCUGCCUGGCGUGCAGGGCCGCCUCCUUCCUGGCCCCCGCGAUUUCUCCCUUGGGUGUGAUGCCGCCGCCCCGGGCGGGGAGGGGCCUCCCAGAAACUGCCUUCCCGGGGCCCGCGCCCAGCGCACAGAGCCCCGCCGAGCCGCCAGCGAGGUCGCACGCCGCCGCCACCGCCUGCCCGCCCGCGCCGGAGCCCAGCCGAGCCGGCCACCGCCUCCACACCAUGUUCAAGGGGCUGAGCAAAAGCUCCCAGGGGAAGGGGUCCCCCAAGGGGUCUCCAGCCAAGGGCUCCCCCAAAGGCUCCCCCAGCAAGCAAAGCCGGACUGCCACCCAGGAGCUGGCCCUGCUCAUCUCCCGCAUGCAAGCCAAUGCUGACCAGGUGGAGCGCGACAUCCUGGAGACGCAGAAGAAGCUGGAGCAGGACCGGCAGCGCAGCCAGCAGGGCCAGGCACUGCAGCACCGGCAGGAGGCGGGCCGCAACCUGAAGGAGGCCGAGGUGCUGCUCAAGGACCUCUUUCUGGACGUGGACAAGGCCCAGCGGCUCAAGCACCCGCAGGCGGAGGAGAUCGAGAAGGACAUCAAGCAGCUGCACGAGCGCGUGACCCAGGAGUGUGCAGAGUACCGCGCCCUGUACGAGAAGAUCGUGCUUCCGCCCGAUGUGGGGCCUCGAGUGGACUGGGCACGGGUGCUGGAGCAGAAACAGAGGCAGGUGUGCGAGGGCCAGUACGGGCCGGGCAUGGCCGAGCUGGAGCAGCAGGUGGCGGAGCACAACAUCCUGCAGAAGGAGAUCGAGGCCUACGGGCAGCAGCUGCGGAGCCUCGUGGGGCAGGAUGCAAACAACAUCCGGAACCAGUACCGCGACCUGCUGAAGGCGGCCUCCUGGCGCGGGCAGAGCCUGGGCAGCUUGUACACGCACCUGCAGGGCUGCACGCGGCAGCUGAACACUCUGGCCCAGCAGCAGCGGCGCAUCCUGCAGCAGGACUGGAGCGACCUCAUGGCGGACCCCGUGGGCGUGCGGCGGGAGUAUGAGCACUUUAAGCAGCAUGAGCUGCUGAGCCAGGAAGAGAGCAUCAACCAGCUGCAGGACGACGGCGAGCGCAUGGUGGAGCUCGGGCACCCGGCCGUGGGGCCCAUCCAGGCCCACCAGGAGGCUCUGAAGACGGAGUGGCAGAACUUCCUGAACCUCUGCAUCUGCCAGGAGAGCCAGCUGCAGCGCGUGGAGGACUACCGCCGGUUCCAGGAAGAGGCUGAGUCUGUCAGUCAGACCCUGGCGAAGAUCAGCUCCAACCUGAACACCCAGUACAGCUGUGCCCCGGGAGGGCCCCCAAGCGCCCCCACAGAGAUGCUGCGGCAGCUGGAGGCAGAGGAGAAACAGCUGGCUAUGGCCGAGAGGACCAUUGGGGACCUGCAGCGGUGGAGCCGCGAGGUGGCACCCCUGCCGCAGCGCAGGAACCCGCCCCAGAAGGCCCUGCACGUGGACAGCAUCUGUGACUGGGACUCGGGAGAAGUGCAGCUCCUGCGCGGUGAGAGGUACAUGCUGAUGGACAACAAUGACCCCCACACCUGGGUCGUGCAGCACCCGGGUGGGGAGACCAAGCGCGCCCCUGCCGCCUGCUUCAGCAUCCCGGCUCCGGACCCCGAAGCCUUGGCCAGAGCCUCGAAGCUGAGCUCGGAGCUGCAGGCCCUGAAGCAGAAACUGACCACCGUGCAGAGCCAGCUGAAGGCCCACGUAGAGGACCCCCUGCGGCCUGGCCAGCAGGCUCCGAGCGGCUCCAUCCCAGAUGACCCCCAGGCGCAGAAGCUCCUCACCCAGAUGACCAGGCUGGACGGGGAGCUGACGCAGACAGAGCAGCAGGUGCUGGCGUGGGUUCGGGGCCCGCUCAGCCGCAGCGCCCCCCUGGAGGACCUGGAGGCCCGCAUCCAAAGCCACAAGGCCCUGACGCUGCGGCUGCAGGACCUGGGGUCCGAGAAGGAGGCGGCUCAGCGGGAGUGCGAGGACUUCCUGUCUGCACGGCCGGUGGGCGCCGCCGCCCUGCACCUGCCUGUGGCCCUCAACAGCGUCAAGAACAAGUACAGGGACACGCGGGCUCUGUGCGACCUCUACGGGGAGAAGGCCCAGGCAGCCCUGGAGCUGGAGCGGCAGAUCCUGGAUGCCGGCAAGGUCAUCGCGGGCUUCGAGUCCAGCCUGGCCCAGGAGGCGCCGCUGCCCGCCGGCCCCGGGGCGCUGCAGGACAGGGUGGCGGAGCUGCAGCGCCUGCGGAGGGCGCUCCUGGAGCAGCAGGCCUGCGUGCUGGGGCUGCACCGGAAGCUGAAGGCGGCCGAGCACGCGUGCGGCGCGCUGCGGAGCAACUGCCACGAGUUCUGCCAGGACCUGCCGGGCCAGCAGCGCCGGGUGCGCGCCCUCACCGACCGCUACCACGCCGUGGGCGACCAGCUGGAGUCCCGGGAGAAGAUGGUGCAGGACGUGAGUCUCACCUACCAGCAGUUCAAGAACUGCAGGGACAACCUGAGCUCCUGGCUGGAGCACCUGCCCUGCAGCCAGGUGCAGCCCAGCGACGGGCCCAGCCAGGUGACCUACAAGCUGCAGGAACAGAAGAGGCUGCUGCAGGAGGUCCAGGAGCACGAGCAGGCCAGGGCCACGGCCUCCCGCCUCGCCCGGGAGCUGCAGGCCGCCCUCCAGGACUACGAGCUGCAGGCAGACGCCUACCGCUGCUCCCUGGAGCCCCCCCAGCCGGCCCCCAGGAGCCCCCAGGAGGCGCCCCUGCAGGAAAGCAUCCAGACCCAGGAGAAGGACCUGCUCCAGGCCUACGCUGAGGCCACGGCUGCACACCAGCAGCGGCUGCACCAUCUGGAAUUUGCCAGAAAGAUGCUGGAGAAGAAGGAGCUCAGCGAGGACGCCCAGCUGGCCCCGGGAGCGGCGCAGGGCUCGGGCUCGGAGCGCCCAGCCCCGGCGGGGAAGGAGCCGGAGGCGCUGAGGUCCCGGCUGGAGGAGGAGCGGCGGCGGGUGGGCCGGGUGCGGCGGGAGCUGGAGGAGCAGCAGGGCCAGCUGCUGCGGCUGCGGGCGCAGCGGCCGCUGGAGCGGCUGGAGGAGAAGGAGGUGGUGGAGCUCUACCGGGACCCGGAGCUGGAGCGCAGCCUGGCGCGGCUCCGGGCGCAGGUGGCGGACGAGGGCGCGCGGCGGGCGCUCCUGCAGGCCGAGCUGGAGAUGGCGGCGCAGAAGGUGGUGCAGCUGGAGGGCCAGAGGAAGGCCGUGCAGCCGCAGCUGCUCACCAAGGAGGUGACCCAGGUGGAGCGCGACCCCGGCCUGGCCAGCCAGGCGGCCCAGCUGGGCGGCCAGCUGCAGCAGCUGCGGGCGCAGGACGCGGCCGUCGUGGCGCGGCUGCAGGAGCUGCAGAAGGAGCUGCGGGCUCUGGAGCGGAGGGAGGCGAGCGUGACGGAGCGCGUGGUGCUCAAGGAGGUGGUGAAGGUCGAGAAGAACCUGGAGAUGGUGCAGGCGGCCCAGGCGCUGCGCGUGCGGCUGGCGGAGGACCGGGCGCGCCGGGCGGCGGCCGAGGAGGCGGGGGCGGCGGCGCGGGCGCGCGCGGAGGAGCUGGAGCGGGCCAUCCGCGCCGUGGAGCCCAAGGUCAUCGUCAAGGAGGUGAAGCGGGUGGAGCAGGCCCCGGGCCUGCAGGAGGAGGCGGCCCGGCUGCGGGGCGUCCUGGAGGCGGCCCGCAGGGAGAACGCCACGCUGGCCGCCGAGCUGCGGGAGCUGCGGGCCAGACACGGCGAGGCCGAGCGGCAGCGGCCCCGCGUGGAGCUGCAGGAGCGGGUGCUCGAGGUCUUCCGGGUGGACCCCGAGACGGAGCGGGAGAUGGAGAGGCUCCGGGCGCAGGUGCAGGAGGCCGGCCAGCGGCGGGGCGCCGCGGAGCGGGAGGUGGAGGGGCUGCUGGCCGAGCUGGCCGUGCUGCGCGCCCAGAAGCCCCCCGUGGAGUACAAGGAGGUGACGCAGGAGGUAGUGAGGCACGAGCAGAGCCCUGAGGUGCUGCGCGAGAUCGACCGCCUGAAGGCGCAGCUCAACGAGCUGGUGAACCACAGCGGCCGGGCGCAGGAGCAGCGCAUCCGGCUGCAGGGCGAGCGGGACGCCUGGCAGCGGGAGCGGGCCAAGGUGGAGACGAAGACGGUGAAUAAGGAGGUGGUGCGCCAGCACAAGGACCCCGUGCUGGAGCAGGAGGCCGAGCGGCUGCGCCAGGAGCUGCGGGACGCGACCCAGAAGCGGCGGGCGGCGGAGGACGUGGUGUACGAGCUGCAGAACAAGUUCCUGCUGCUGGAGAGGCGGCGGCCCGAGGAGAAGGUGGUGGUGCAGGAGGUGGUGGUGACGCAGAGGGACCCCAGGCUGCGCGAGGACCACAGCCGGCUGAGCCGGAGCCUGGACGAGGAGGUGGCGCGGCGGCGGCAGCUGGAGCGGGAGGUGCGGCAGCUGCAGGUGGCCGUGGAGGAGCAGGAGGGCCGGCUCACCUUCCAGGAGGACCGCGGCAAGAAGCUGGCGGUGGAGCGCGAGCGGCGGCAGCUCAGCCUGCGCAUUCGCGAGCUGGAGGCGCGGCCGCCGGCGCCGCAGGAGAAGAUCAUCAUGGAGGAGGUGGUGCAGCUGGAGAAGGACCCCGACGUGGAGCAGUCGGCCGCGGCGCUGCGGCGCGACCUGGAGCAGGAGCAGGCGCGGGGCGCGGAGCUGCACCGCCAGUGCCAGGGCCUGCAGGUGCAGAUCGACGUGCUGCAGAAGACCAAGGCGCAGGAGAAGACGGUGUACAAGGAGGUGAUCCGCGUGGAGAAGGACCCGGCGCUGGAGGCCGAGCGGGCGCGCGCCUGGGACCUGCUCGCCCGCGAGCGCGCCGCCCGCCAGGCCCGGGAGGACGAGGCGCGGCGCCUGCGGGAGCGGCUGGAGCGGGCCGAGGCGCUGGCCAGAACCUGGGCCCGCGAGGAGGCUGAGCUGCAGCGGGCCUGGGAGCAGGGCCGCCAGGAGCAGCAGCAGCUGCAGCAGGAGCUGCGGGAGCUGGAGCGGCGGAAGCAGCGCGAGGUGCAGAGCCUGGAGGAGGAGUCGCAGCAGCUGAGCCGCCGCGCCGAGAGCGAGCGGCAGAAGGCGGCCCAGCGCGGCCAGGAGCUGGCGCAGCUCGAGGCCGCCAUCCUGCGCGAGAAGGACCAGAUCUACGAGAAGGAGCGCGCCCUGCGCGACCUGCACGCCAGGGUGGGCCGGGAGGAGCAGGGCCAGGAGACCCAGACGCGGGAGACCAACCUCUCCACCAAGAUCUGCAUCCUGGAGCCCAACACGGGCAGGGACAUGUCCCCGUACGAGGCCUACCAGCGGGGCGUCAUCGACCGCUGCCAGUACCUGCAGCUGCAGGAGCUGGAGUGCGACUGGGAGGAGGUGACCACCUCGGGCCCCUGCGGCGAGGAGUCGGUGCUCCUGGACCGCAAGAGCGGGAAGCAGUACUCCAUCGAGGCGGCCCUGCGCUGCCGCCGCAUCUCCAAGGAGGAGCUCCACCGCUACCGGGACGGCCGCCUGCCCAUCUCCGAGUUCGCCCUGCUGGUGGCCGGCGAGACCAAGCCCUGCCCGUCGCUGUCCAUCGGCUCCAUCAUCUCCAAGUCCCCGCUCGCCUCGCCCGGCCCGCAGAGCACCGCCGGUGGGGGCGGGGGCUUCUGUGCCGGCUUCUCGCUGGGGCUGGCCGAGGACAGCUUCCCCAUCGCCGGCGUCUACGACACCACCACGGACAACAAGUGCUCCGUCAAGACGGCCGUGGCCAAGAACAUGCUGGACCCGCUGACCGGGCAGAAGCUGCUGGAGGCGCAGGCGGCCACGGGCGGCAUCGUGGACCUGCUCAGCCGGGAGCGCUACUCCGUGCACCGGGCGCUGGAGCGGGGCCUCAUCGAGAACACGGCCACACAGAGGCUGCUCAACGCCCAGAAGGCCUUCACGGGCAUCGAGGACCCGGUGAGCAAGAAGCGGCUGUCGGUGGGCGAGGCGGUGCAGAAGGGCUGGAUGCCGCGCGACAGCGUGCUCCCGCACCUGCAGGUCCAGCACCUCACCGGGGGGCUCAUCGACCCCCGCCGCACCGGCCGCGUCCCCGUGCCGCAGGCCCUGCAGGCGGGCAUGAUCAGCGAGGAGCUGGCGCGGCUGCUGCAGGACGAGGCCGCCUACGAGAAGGACCUCACCGACCCGCUCACCAAGGCGCCGCUGAGCUACAAGGAGGCCAUGGAGCGCUGCCGCCGGGACCCGCUCAGCGGCCUGCUGCUGCUGCCCGCCGCGCUCGAGGGCUACCGCUGCUUCCGCGCCGCCUCCCCCGCCGGGCGCUGCCUGCGCUGAGGGCCCGUGGCCGUCCCGCCCCUUCGCGGCCGCCCCCACGGGUGCCCGGUGCCUCUGCCUCU